AUGCGAGAUGAUCCAUUCCCGGAUGAAGAUCGGCUUCCAAGAACUAAUGUUGACCUGUGCCUUCUCCCAAUGGACGCAGGAGAGUGUAGGGCUUACAUACCAUCGUACUAUUACGACUACCACAAAGGUAUAUGCAAAGAGUUCGUCUACGGAGGAUGUGGUGGAAACGCUAACAGAUUCGAAACCGCUGAUGAGUGCGCCACGAGAUGUGCUCGUAGACAACAGGGAAGACGAGAGCUCAGCCGCUCUUUCUACGCCGAUGAAUCACCCCUUGAAGCCGACGAUAAUGCCAAUCGGAACGAACAAUUGCAAGAAGUGACUGAAGAGAAACAACCAGAUGUUCACGAAGAUGAUCUAAAUGAUGAGGUUCUGCGUGGAAUAGACUACGACGAGAAGAAAGUUUUGGCGAUACAACAUGGGCCUCUCUCUCCUUUCACGCUGCCGGAGUUAUGCGGUUUACCGGAGGAGCAUGGGUCGUGUUAUGAUGACAUUCUUCGGUGGAGAUUCGAUCCUGAGAAGAAAUCAUGCACUUCGUUCAUGUAUGGUGGAUGCGACAUGAAUGCCAAUCACUUCACCAGCGAGGAGGAUUGCGAAAGAGCUUGUGGUUCAUGGAGAUCUACCGCCGUCUGUUCUCUGCCUCCAGAAAUCGGUCAUUGCGAUGCGUCUGUCAGCAAAUGGUACUACGAUAAGGCUAAGGACAGCUGUACUAUAAUGUACUGGACAGGUUGCGGUGGAAACGGAAACAGAUUUUCUUCGAGAGAAGACUGCGAAUCACUUUGUCGCGAAGAGUCUGCAUGGGAAGAGAAUACAGAUGUUUGUAAGAUGCCACGAUCGUCUGGUCCAUGCCGUGAUGCGAUAUCGAUGUGGUAUUUUGAUUCCUCUGAUGAAACGUGCAAACAAUUCACAUAUUCUGGAUGUCGCGGUAACGAAAACAGGUUCUCUACAAAAGAACGUUGUGAGAGGAAGUGCAUCGAUAGACAAGACGGCGAGGAUUUCGACGUGAUUGUAGAAGGGGACGGAAGGACGGACAAAGUUGCUGUACAGCUGAAGGCUAACUCGGACAAACCCUACAAAGUUGGAGAAAAGAUUGAGCUCACUUGUGACUCUCAAGGUUUGCAGCCGAUUGUUUGGCGAAAAGAUGGCCAUUUGCUACAUUUUACAAAAAGAGUGCAGGAGCACGAUCAGUUUGCGAGAGUAAACAUUGCCCGUGCGGUGGUAGCAGACAGUGGCGACUAUCAGUGCGCAGCAGGAACAAAUGGAGUACUGAGUAAUGCUGUGGCAGUUGCUGUCAUCCCAGUUAAACGUGAUGAAGUUGACUGUACGAAAGACGGUGGAACAAGAAAGACAUGCACCUUGAUACUGGAAGGCGGUUGGUCGCCUUUUCAACAAGUUUUUUUCUUCAAUCUUACCAUGUGUAUACCAAAGAAGAGUGGAAAAAGUGACAAGGAUCAUAAAUCGUCAAAUAAAAGUAAGUCAUCAACGAGCAUAUCGAACUGUGGAGGAAGUAGAGAAGAUGAAGAUAGAGGAAAAGAGGUGGAUAGCGUAAGUGGGAACAACAAGAAGUUUAGCGGUAGCUUCAAAGUUUCCCCAUCAUCACAACCUGCUAUGGAGAAGGUUCAACACUGGGUGAAUCGAGCUUUGGAUAUUGGAGUGCCAGGACUUAUGCAAGAGUUCAGAUACAAUUUAGCUAAAUGGAAUCCACAGAACAUGACUGUCGAUGCCUUUUUAGCCAAUCGAGACAAGAACCGGUACCUUGAUGUGCCAUGUCAGGACCAGGGUCGUGUUACAGUGAAGUGGCCUGGUCUUCCAAACGACUAUAUCCACGCAAACUACGUAGCCCAUCCAACUACAAAUAAUCGCUUUGUAUGUUCGCAGGGCCCAUUGGACAACACGCAGCUAGCAUUCUGGGCGAUGGUUAUUCAGGAGAAAUCGGAGAUUGUGAUCAUGCUUUGCAAUACGAUCGAAUGUGGUAAAUUCAAAUGCUCACAGUACUGGCCGCGUGAAAAGGGAGAAACUAUGACCUUUGGAGAAGGCCCUGGGUUGAUUAUGGUCACCAACCUGGAUGUCCGGCCGAUGUCUGCUGUUGACAACUUUGUGCGAGUUUGCAUCUUGAAACUGGACUAUUUUGAGAACGACAAACCAAAAAGCACAGUGAUUAGACAUUUCCAAUGGGAAAAUUGGCCUGAUCGAGGCGUUCCACCAACGAAGUUCACAGCUACGAACAUGCUAAGUGAAAUACGAGGAACGACAAAACCGAUAGUGGUUCAUUGCUCGGCUGGCAUUGGCAGGACUGGAACAAUUGUUGCAAUCGCAUAUGUUCAGGAAAGGAUGAACUAUGGACAAGAAUGUGCGGAUAUGGACGUACUCACUAAAGAACUUCGCUCUCAACGACCAUUCUCAAUCCAGAAUGAAUAUCAGUACAUCUAUGCGCAUCGAGUGCUGUUAGCAUAUUUUCUGGAAAAAUAUCGAAACCGUUUCGCCCAUAUUCUGGCAGGUGAUGGAGAAGCAAAAUAUGCGAAAUGGAGGGAACAGUAUAAAGAAGCUACUGGGUGUGACUGA